UUCGAUGAGGCUGUGGAAGACUAUACCCUGGCCAUACAGCUAGACCCAAAUCUGGCUGCUGCAUACUACAACAGAGGAACAGUUUACUAUAGACUUUGUGCUGGCUUGUCUCAACAGACUGGCGGGAUGCAAGUUGAUCUCCAAAAAGCAGUGGAAGAUUUUGAAAAGGCUUGUAACUUGGCACCAAAUAAUCUUGAGUUCCAGGAGGGUCUGAAAAAUUGCAAGAUUCUGUGCUCAUCAGACAAUAGAAAAAUGGAUGUUUCAAAAUUGGAAGCUAUUCCACUUCAAAAAUUAGUGAAGCUCCUAUUUCUUUUAGACAACGGUGACAAGACUACGGGUACAGAGAAGCAGCAGCCACAAAAUAUUGAAGCUGUCCAGAAAGCCAGAGAUGUUUUUCUGUCUAUUCUGAAAGACCAUGAAAAGGGUCAUCACGAUAUUAUUAAUAUAUUGCUUGAACGUUACAAGCUGUUGAUAAAUUACUGCAAUCUAGAUCUUCGAAGUAAAACGGAAACUUUUAAUACAUCUAGAAUUAAACUCGAUGAAGAUUUGCUUACCUUUGCACAGGCUUGCAACUACCUAGGGAUUGAAUGCCAAUAUUUAAAUGAAAAGGUAAAAAUGGUACAAGAUGAUAUGAAUCUUAAUGAGAAUGAAAGAAAUGGUGUUUUUUUUGUAUAUGCAGAAAACAUGCUCAUGAAUCGCAUAUGUGAUUGUUUGACACCUGCUCCUGUCUUUAAUCUAUUGGAUGUUGUCAAAAAUAACAGUAUAGGUGAAGAUUUAGUAGUUACAUUAGAGCAAUUGAAUCACGAUGGACUGAAGGAAACUCUCUUCUUUUAUAUAAUAAGGCUAUUAGAAGACAAUAAUCAGCUGAACCGCAUAUAUACAGAUAAGCUGAUAAAUUUUCUUGAAAUGUGUCAUCAAAGCAAUAGCGUUGAGCAACAAACAAUUGAAAAUGUGAUACGCAUGUUAACAAGUUAUCCAGGAGAAUGCCAGCCAGCUGGAUUAUGCAUUGUUUUCUGUGUUACUGAAGGGAGAAAUGGAGCUGAGGCUGAAAUAGCAAACAUAAAUCGUGUAUUUGCAGAUAUUCUUGGAUUUACAGUGAAAAUUGAGAGAAAUCCCAGUGAAGAGACUAUAGAAAAUUAUGUUAAUAAAGAACUACAGAUGACAAAGUAUCGUUAUUAUGACUCUGUUGUUUACUGGUUUAUUAGCCACGGCUCUGAAACUAAUCUAAUUCUUCCUAAUGAUAAGACGUAUGAAAGGGAUUUGUUUAUUGAAAAAUUUUCAAAGCCAAAAGUCUUUAAUAAAAAGCCUAAAAUCUUCUUCUUAGCAUCAUGCCAAGGAAGUAAACCAAUUCCUGUUAAAUUCGGUGGACAACCAGCUGGUACAGAUGGAAGAAAUCGUUCAAGAGCUAAUGAAUUGGAUGAUUGUAAUGACAUUACGUAUGUUUACUAUGAGAUGGAUCGUCUUAUUGCAUAUGCCACUCUUCCCGAUAAACUUGCUUUCCGCCGAGAUGUUGAAGGUUCUGUGUUUGUGGAAAUUGUGUGCUCUCUUCUGGAAAAAAGUUCUGAAGUAAGCAUUACUCAGGUAUUGGAAACGGCUUCACGGAAGAUACACUGCCUAAUUUUCAAGAGUGACGAUAAUUCGUUUCAAGGUCAUGCAAAACAGGCAUGCUUCUAUACAUCCACCUUUCAAAAAACUUUCUGUGUUCCAACAAUAUGCCCACAAAUUUGAAGUAAGAAUUAGACAAUACGGUUCACCCUUGACCAUCAUCUCAAGUUGCAAAUAAUUAAAAAAGACAACUCGAUAUAUUUGUACCUAAUAGGCCAAGUUGCCAAAAAAGGUGAAUUUUCCUGUAAUAUUAUUUUUCAAAUAUUUUUUUUGUACGGAAUGAUACAGCUUUUCAUUACAUUACACAUUUUACUUUGAAAACAUAGAAGCGUGAUCAAACCUACUGUACCUGAUAGGAACACAAACCAUGAAUUUAACCAUUUCCAUUUCAUUGUUCAUAGAUUAGAGUUGUGUAUAUAUAAAAUGGAUAAUAUCAUGGAUGUCAUCAUAGAGACAGGACUUUGGGCUUGUAUAAAACGUUCCAUAAGUACUGUAUAGAGAGCAACGGCUUCUUGGAAGAAAAUGAGAACCCUCAUUGGCAGCCGUAUCUGCCCAAAACACUAUGCAUGUUAGUGCCUUUGCAAGAAUGUAAAAAUAUAUAUUAUAAAAUUAUUAAUUAUUAUAAAUACAGUAUAGCUAUUUUCUGUACUAAGGCAUAAUCAAUGAAUAUGUUGUUAACAGCAUGCUGUAUUUUCUCUACCAUGUACCAUAUAGCCAAAAUCACUUAAAAUUUUAUUACCAUAAUUUUUCUUUGAUACUGUAAUUGCCAACUUAUCCCAUAUAAUAUUUAUAUUGUUCUAAUGUAUUUUUAAAUAAACUUUAUAAAUAAUGUUA